UUUGACCUGGAUUGUCAGUAGUAAGAUCAUAUGGCAACUGGUAUAGCUUCAGGAAGCGGACAAUUAUAUUUGAGGGAGCCUGUCUAUCGGAGGAAUAGAUAUGGAAAAGCUCAGUGUCAUUCCACUGUGAUCCUGAGCGGCAUGCAAAACCAAAUCCAUUGGUCUUCUUGGAUUUCCAAACUAUUACAAGUUAAUAGAAGUAACUAUUCACAAUGUCAAGUGAAAACAAACCGGAAGUCUCACAGAGGAACAAUCAAAUCAUGCCAGAGAGAAGGCUCAACUAGGUAUUUUGAUUUUGCUGUGAUUGGUAGUGGCAUUGCUGGCCUUCGAUAUGCUCUUGAGGUUGCCAAACAUGGAACUGUGGCUGUGAUAACCAAGGCCGAGCCUCAUGAGAGUAACACCAACUAUGCUCAAGGUGGUGUAAGUGCCGUGCUCUGCCCUAAGGAUUCAGUGGAGAGCCACAUGCAAGACACAAUUGUGGCAGGUGCUUACCUCUGUGAUGAGGAGACUGUUAGAGUUGUGUGUACUGAAGGACCUGAGAGAAUUAGAGAACUGAUUGCUAUGGGUGCUUCGUUCGAUCAUGGGGAGGAUGGCAAUCUACAUCUAGCCAGGGAAGGGGGCCACUCCCAUCGCCGAAUUGUCCAUGCUGCUGAUAUGACAGGCAGAGAGAUAGGAAGGGCCCUAUUAGAGGCAGUUGUUAAGGAUCCUAAUAUAUAUGUGUUUCAACACCAUUUUGCUAUAGAUUUGUUGACCACCCAGGAUGGUUCUGACAUAGUUUGUCACGGCAUUGAUACUAUAAACACGGAAACACAGGAGGUCAUAAGAUUCAUUUCAAAAGUGACUUUGCUGGCAUCAGGUGGAGCUGGACAUAUCUAUCCAAGUACUACUAAUCCGCCGGUUGCCACUGGAGAUGGAAUGGCUAUGGCUCAUCGAGCUCAAGCUGUAAUUUCCAACAUGGAGUUUGUGCAAUUCCACCCGACUGCCUUGGCUGAUGAAGGCCUUCCCAUCAGACCAUCAAAUGCCAGAGAGAAUGCUUUUCUGAUAACUGAAGCUGUCAGAGGUGAUGGAGGCAUCCUUUACAACUUAGAUAUGGAGAGAUUUAUGCCAUCGUAUGAUGAAAGAGCAGAGCUUGCCCCGAGAGAUGUGGUAGCAAGAAGUAUUGAUGACCAGCUCAAAAAGCGUGGUGAAGAGUAUGUUCUUCUUGAUAUCAGUCACAAGCCCACAGAGAAGAUUCUUUCUCAUUUUCCUAAUAUAGCUGCUGAGUGUCUCCGCUAUGGGUUAGACAUAACACAGCAGCCAAUUCCAGUGGUUCCCGCAGCUCACUACAUGUGUGGUGGAGUCCGUGCUGGGCUUGAAGGUGAGACUAAUGUACGAGGUCUUUAUGUGGCAGGUGAAGUUGCAUGUACUGGUUUGCAUGGUGCAAACCGACUUGCUAGCAACUCCUUGGCUGAAGCACUAGUGUUUGCACGAAGAGCUGUACAGCCUUCAAUUGAUCACAUGAACAUAUCUAAAAUUGAUCACAGUGCUUCAAGUUGGUGGGCGCGGCCUGUAGCCCCCUUGUUACUAGGAGAUACAGUACUUAACAAAGUCAUUCAUCGGACAAGGGAAGUGAGGAAAGAACUGCAGUCAAUCAUGUGGGAAUACGUUGGCAUUGUAAGGUCUACCUCACGACUAACCCUUGCAGAAACCAGAAUCAUAGAGUUGGAGUUGAAAUGGGAAAGAUACCUAUUUCAGCAUGGCUGGGAACCGACUAUGGUUGGUUUAGAGGCUUGCGAGAUGAGGAAUCUCUUCUGUUGUGCCAAGCUGGUUGUUAGCAGUGCUCUUUCCCGACAUGAGAGUCGUGGGCUUCAUUAUACCAUUGACUUUCCUCACGUCGAGGAAAGCAAGAGGUUGCCAACAGUAAUUUUUCCUUCUCAGCUAAAUAGCUCAUGGAGCUCGCGGCAAUUACACAGGCAGCAGAUAUGUUAGAUAUGUCAUUGUGAUUCUUCCU